UUUAUCCUAAAAUGUCCGAUAAAGUAAGUGUAUCCGUUAAUAUAUUAGAAUCAGGGUCAGACAAAGUCAUAAAAAAAUCAUUAAAGAAAUUAAAACAAGAUGAUAAUUUAUCUAAGAUUCGUAAAGUACUUUCUUGCGAUGAUAAAUUAUUAUUUUUGAAAAAUGGUUCUCCAGUUGAUAUCGAAGAUGAAAAAAAAUUUUCAUUAAAAGAAAUUUUAACAAUUGAUGCACGGAAGAAUAAUUCAAUAUAUCUAAAGAAGCAAAUUUUUUGGGAUGUUUUGAAUGAAAAUCAUAAAUUAGAUCAUGGACGUAUCAUUAGUAAUGUAGGAACUAAGUCGGCUAAUAACAGGGCAUUUAUAUUGGAGGGUUUUAAAGAGCUAAAAGAAAUUGAUAAACGUGGAAAAGGAACAAUUGAAAUUCGUUCAAAUGAGGAGUUUAUAAAGAACAAAAAUUUAUUGUUUAAUAUUGACAUUAGUAUAAAUAAUCUUAUAAAAUUAGGAUUGUCAAGAGAGACCGCACAAGAGAAAAUUCUUAGAGAUGGAAACAAUUUAUCUUAUAAUUAUACAGAAGUCGUUAAGGCAUCAUUAAAAUUAAAUAGAGAUGACUUAAAACCAACUGAUGAAAUUAUUAAAGCGAUAAAUGGUGCUAUAAAAUCCAAAGAUAUAAAGAAAUUUAUUGACGAUUAUGGACUAUUUAUUCCAACUGAAAUUACUAUGGGAGGAAGAUUUUAUACUAAUGAAACUUUAACAUCAACGAAAAAGUCUAAUAAUAAUACUAAAACUACAGGUGUAAAUGCAGGUUUGAAUGCAAACGUUAUGUCUUUAAGUUUUCAAAAUAAAACAACUAAUGGUAUAUCAAAAGAUAAAUCGACCUUUCAUAAGGUAAAUAAUACGAUAAUACUUGGAGGAAAUUGUGAUGGUGACGUUUUUAAUGAAAAAAAGUGGACGGAAUCUUUAAAAGAUUAUCGAAAUUGGGAGUGUAUAGAAUUUAACACUCCUAUCAGUAUUUUUCAACUUAUACCUGGCGACUUACGCAAAAAAGUAUAUAAAUUUAUCGGAAAGAAAAUUCUUUAUACAGGAACUUUAGAUUGUAAAUAUCAUUCUAAUCAAGCUGGAAUAUACCGAAAGUUUGAAUUAUUAAAAAGCGAUAACAUCCCGGAAAACAUUUUAAACAUUAUUCAAAAUGAAGAAGCUGACUGUGAUUUUUUUGCAACAGCCGUUGAUAUUAAUCAAGAUUCAAAAAAUGUUUUUUUUACCUGUCAAAUUCUUAAACAAAAAGCAGAAGAUGGGAAAAAAAUAAUACCGAGUAUUAUUAUUCAUGCUAUUCAAAAAGAAUUUCAACCAUGUGAAUAUAAUUUGAAAAUUGUUUUGAUGGUUGUCGGUUAUGAUAUAGAAUUUGAUUAUAUAUCAGCAGACAACUGUAUUGAAGUAGUAAAAGGACAGUAUUCGCAAAAUACACAAAAUAUACAAAAUAAAAUGCUUCAUAGUUUAACAUUAGAAACUACAAAUCACCUAAUGGGAACAAAUUAUCCUUUUUUUGGAAUUUCUAUAUUAAAUAAUUUGAAUGAUCCAAAUGAUUCGCUUAUAAUUGGACAUAAUUUUUAUGAAAUUCAAUCAAACCAUGAACUAAAAAUCGACUUAUUUUCUUAUUGUUCAAAAAAAAAUCGCUAUUUAAAAUUACCCAAUUUUACGUUUUGUGCACUCAUUAUUUUAGAACCUAACACUUAUACAUCACUUCCUUUUGAGUUUAGAAUGUUUAAAAAACCAUUUAUUAGUCUUAGUUCACAGAAUAAAAACCCAAAAUACGUUAGCUUUUUACGUAAAACAAACGAUCAUCGUCCAAUUUUUCUGAAUCAAAAAAUCAAGCAAAUUAACAUUAAAUAUGUUAGAUGUAGAUGUAAACGCAAAGAAGUUGGUUGUAUUUGCGGAAAAACUAGAAAAAUAUCAAAAAAGGACAUACAUAAUUGUAUAGUCUUUGACCCAUACAAAUCAAGAAAGUAUUUUUACGACGCUUUAUGA